AUUAACUCCUUUCAAAGAGAAUUAUAUUCAAUUGGCCUAGACCUCCAAUCCUAUUGUCAUCGUGUACAUCCAUUGUAUCGAAUGGGAUCGCUGAAAUAGGAGGGUCCCGCAUUCCAUCUUCAACAUCAAACUUCCAAAGCGAUUAUCUUGUUCCUCGCAUUUGUGCUUGAGUUAUUCUGGUUAUGCAUCUCUCACAGCGUCUUGUUACAGCAGCAUGUCUUUGCGCUAGCGCCACGGCUUUCAUUCCAUACACCAUCAAGGUCGAUGCAUCAACCAGCGAUUCGGCCCGUGAUACACUGUCUCGCCGUUUUCUGCCCCUUCCCAAACCAGGCGACGCGUUGACAGAUGACUCGGUGUCAUCUUCUAAUGAUGAGUCCCUGACACUGAAUAUAAAAAGGAUCCCCGUCCGCCGUGGCAAUGAUUUCAACAUUGUGGUGGCGGACACCCCCUCUUGGCCCAACACCGCUGCUCUUGACCAAGAUGGCAACGAUUUAUCCUACUUUUCGGUUGUUAACAUCGGCUCUGAAAACCAAGCUCUGUACAUGUUGCUGGACACUGGAGGGUCGGAUACGUGGGUUUUCAGCUCCAACUGCACAUCCACGGCCUGCACGAUGCACAACGCGUUCGGAGCGAACUCUUCCUCGACCCUUGAGAUGACAUCUGACGAGUGGAGUGUUGGCUAUGGAACCGGAUCUGUGAGUGGCUUGCUGGGGACGGACAAUCUCACCAUCGCGAACACGACUGUACGCAUGACUUUCGGGUUGGCGUCCAACGCAUCGGAUGACUUUGAAUCGUAUCCAAUGGAUGGCAUUCUCGGCCUCGGUCGAACCAACGAAAGUUCCUACGACAACCCGACAUUUAUGGAUGCUGUUUCCACCAGUAACCUUUUCAAAUCGAAUAUCGUCGGCUUUGCCCUUUCGCGUAGCCCCGCAAAGGAUGGCACAGUCAGCUUUGGCACUGCUGACAAGGACAAGUACGCUGGGGAUAUCACCUACACCGAUACAGUCGGAUCUGGAAGCUACUGGCGCAUUCCAGUGGAUGAUGCCUACGUUGACGGCACUUCAUGUGAUUUCUCCAACAAGUCGGCAAUCAUCGAUACCGGAACGUCUUACGCCAUGCUUCCUUCGGGCGAUGCGCAAACACUGCACUCUCUUAUUCCUGGCUCCAAUACCUCUGGAAACUAUUUCAUCAUUCCUUGCAACACGACUGCUAAGCUACAGGUGGCAUUUUCCGGGGUAAACUACACCAUUUCCCCGAAGGACUAUGUGGGAUCAACAUCUGGCUCUGGAUGUGUUUCAAAGAUUGUGAGCUAUGACCUGUUCGGUGAUGACAUCUGGCUCCUGGGUGACGUCUUCCUGAAGAAUGUGUACGCUGUGUUUGACUUCGACGAGGAACGGGUCGGCUUUGCGGAGCGUUCCUCGAACACCAGCUCUUCUUCGAACUCUACCAGCUCCUCCACAUCCAGUGCUUCCGGUUCCACUGCCACGGGCAGUUCGACCACUACGGGCUCAGCUAGUUCCAGUACGUCAUCCGAUACUAAGUCGGGUGGAAUGGCCAUAGCCCCCCCUCAGUACUACUUCUCUGCACUGGUGAUUGCUCUAUACCUGCUUUGGCUAUAGUUUCUUGACAGAGCAUCUUCACAUCCAGCGAAUGGUUGAAUUUAGAAGAAAUAGAUACAUUAUCUACAUUCGUUGUUGUUCUGUAUCUCCAUAUACAUCCGAGACUAGAUCAACAGCGUGCUAGUCACUGACAUUGCCUUUUUCAAACUUUCUCUUCUUAUUAAUCAUUAUCCUUUCCCAGACACCGAUUCUUGCGUGGGACUGAUAGUGUCUCAUGAGUUGUAUAAGACCCGUCACUCGCUUUUGAAACACCUAAAGAACCUUAUCCGGGAUCAGCGUGUACGACUUUGGGUAUGAUUCUGCUUCCAAUUAGCUUCCAUCCACGCCAAGCGAACCCUGGUUACC